CCACAUCAUCCAAUCACCUCCCCCGAAACACUUGAAACUUUCACGCGGUUAUAAUCGCUGGGUUCUUCCUUGUCUCUUUAAAUUGAAGAAGGGAGGUCAACACAAAGAGAAAAAAGUGGCAUCUCUCUCUCUCUCUCUCUCUCUCUCUCUCUCCUAUUGGCUGGUGGAAGUGCCUGCCACUGUUUUUCAAGAAACGGAAACAGAGAAGAAGCGCGAGGCCGGCUCCUUGCCUAGCCCCACUUCUGUUCAACCCCCUCCCCAUUUUAUUUUAUUUUUUAAGCUGCGGGGCGCGCGAGCCUGUUGCUAAGACAGGACCGACUGCCUGAGCGCGCGCUGGAAGAGCGCGCGCGCACUUAAGGCUGUCGGUGCAGAUCUCUAUUGGGCGGCGAGCGAGCGCCCUGAAGGAAGGAGAUGAGGAAGGAGUAGAGGUUGAGAAGGGACGACAGGGAUAGUACCUGAAGCGCGCGAACCUUUAGCUGGGGCGGGAAGGAAGGAAAGAGUGUAGUGCUGAAGUGAGCAGGAAAUGCACCAACACUCACGGCAGCAUCAGUAGCAGCCACCCCGCCAGUUCCUUGCCGCCGCCCCCUUCCUCAAACCCAGGCAGCGCCCCUUAUUGCAGGUUAUGCCUUCUCCACUUAUCCCUCUUCUGCCUCAAGUGCCACUAAACGAAUUUUCCAACUUGGGUGUUGCCCUCGCCCUGCCACCUUGUUAGCGCGCCUCCAGCGGCACACCCUCCUCCACGUCCAGCUCACCCAGCCGCUGCCUAUAGCAGCAGAGGCGACUCCUACGGCCCCUCCCUCGCCAAGUCCAUGGCAUGUUCUCAGCAGCAAGACACUUGCCCGACCUGUGAGUUGGCGACAGAGGAUUGUGCAGAUAUGAGCACCAGGAAAGUGGCUCUCAUCACUGGCAUCACUGGGCAGGAUGGCUCAUACUUGGCAGAGUUCCUGCUGGAAAAGGGCUAUGAGGUUCAUGGGAUUGUCCGUAGAUCUAGCUCUUUCAACACAGGACGGAUUGAACAUCUUUACAAGAAUCCACAGGCUCACAUAGAAGGAAACAUGAGGCUACAUUACGGCGAUCUCACAGAUAGUACUUGCCUGGUGAAGAUAAUUAAUCAAGUGAAGCCCACUGAAAUUUACAAUCUUGGAGCUCAGAGCCAUGUCAAAAUAUCUUUUGAUUUAGCAGAAUAUACAGCUGAUGUUGAUGGAAUUGGCACUUUACGAUUACUAGAUGCUAUCAAGACAUGUGGUCUCAUAAAUUCUGUGAAGUUCUACCAAGCCUCAACAAGUGAACUUUAUGGGAAAGUGCAGGAAAUACCCCAAAAGGAGACCACUCCUUUUUAUCCCAGAUCACCAUAUGGGGCAGCCAAACUAUACGCAUAUUGGAUUGUGGUAAAUUUCAGGGAGGCCUACAAUCUCUUUGCUGUGAAUGGAAUUCUCUUCAACCAUGAGAGUCCCAGGAGAGGGGCUAACUUUGUAACUCGAAAAAUUAGCCGUUCUGUUGCUAAGAUCCACCUGGGGCAACUGGAAUAUUUCAGUUUGGGAAAUCUAGAUGCCAAGAGAGACUGGGGUCAUGCCAAGGACUAUGUUGAGGCAAUGUGGCUAAUGUUGCAAAUGGAUGAGCCAGAAGACUUUGUAAUAGCUACUGGGGAGGUUCACAGUGUCCGUGAAUUUGUGGAAAAGGCGUUUGAGCAUGUUGGGAAAACUAUCGUGUGGGAAGGCAAGAAUGAAAAUGAAAUAGGCCGAUGCAAAGAAACUGGCAAGAUCCAUGUGACAGUUAAUCAUAAAUACUACAGACCAACUGAAGUGGAUUUUCUUCAAGGUGAUUGCACCAAAGCAAAGCAAAGACUCAACUGGAAACCUAGAGUCACUUUUGAUGAGCUGGUGAAGGAGAUGGUGAAAGCAGAUGUGGAACUUAUGAAGAAUAACCCCAAUGCAUGAAUCUGCUCCUCUUUCUAUACCUGGUCAGUCAAUCAUGACUGAGGCUCUAGGGAUGAAGCCUGAUUAUGAAUCACACAGAUGACAUUAAUGGAAGUGGGGGGGGGGUGACAAUCAGUUCAGUGAGGGUUGGAUGAUUUGCUGCCAUUUUAUUUCCCUGUGCUUGUGCAAUGGAGCCGGAUUAUUUUUUCUUUCCAAACCUCAACCAUGCAUCAUGGCUUUAAAUUACUUGCAAAAGGUAGUCUGAAGUAGUGACGCUUUUCCUCCUGAUUAUGUAGACAAAAUGUUGGAGGCUAGUUUGCCAUUCCAAUUCAUUUUCUUUUGAUAUUAAAAAUAUCUUUCCAUAAA